AUGAGCAUUUUCUCAAACCUAUUGGAGGACUGCAUUGAGAUUUUCAUGGACGAUUUUACUGUCUAUGGGGAUGAUUUUGAUCAAGGGCUGCAUAGUCUGAACAGGGUAUUGGAAAGAUGCCGCCAAAAGGACUUGGUUCUGAAUUUUGAGAAAUGCCAUUUUAUGGUUACCGAAGGAAUAGUCUUGGGCCACAUAGUGUCAAGCAGAGGGAUCGAGGUCGACCUAGCAAAGAUAGCGGUCAUUGCAAGACUUCCAUAUCCUACCAACCAGAAGGAGAUCAGAGCCUUUCUGGGGCACGCUGGGUUCUAUAGACAAUUCAUAAAAGAUUUCGAAAAGAUAGCCCAGCCACUGGCACGACUUCUUCAGAACGAGGUCGAGUUUGAGUUCUCAGAUGCUUGCAAAGCCGCGUUCCAAUUUCUAAAAGAUCGAUUGAUAAGCUCUCCAAUAAUACGUGCCCCCGACUGGAAUCACCCCUUUGAGGCACAAAAGAAGUAUGAUGUGACCGAAAAGGAGAUGAUAUCGGUAGUCUUCGCGUUUGAAAAGUUCAGACCAUACUUGCUUGGUUCCAAAGUAAUUGUUUAUACAGAUCAUGCGACCAUCAAAUACCUCUUAGCAAAAAAGGAGUCAAAGCCGCGGUUAAUCAGGGGGGACAAUGAAGAAGCAAUUCCAGACGCUUUCCCUGAAGAGCAUCUCUGCCUGAUCGAGUCAUCACCUGAAUGCCGGUGGAUCAACCAAGCGGAGGGAGUUGAUCAAGGCAACCACAGAAGCAAGGGGCAGAACACGAGAAAGGAGCCAUGGUUCGCGGACAUGGCCAACUACUUGGUAACGGGCGAGUUACCUAGAAGAGAUGAGAUUACAAGAGCACAGAAGCUAAAGCUUAAAAGUGAUUCCCGAUACUUCUAUUGGGACGAUCCUUACCUAUGGAAAUGGGGGCAGAUCAAAGAGGCUUAUGAGUUCUGCAAGAAGUGCCCUCGAUGCCAACUUACUGGAGGGAUAUCUACUAGAGACGAGAUGCCUCAAAACCCCAUUAUUGUCUGUGAAAUAUUUGAUGUAUGGGGAAUGGACUUUAUGGGACCCUUUCCCAAGUCUGAAGGCAAUCUCUAUAUACUAGUGGCAGUGGACUAUGUGUCCAAAUGGAUCGAGGCAAAGGCAACUAGGACGUGUGAGUCCAGAGAAGUAGCGAAAUUCUUGAAAUCAAACAUAUUUACCCGAUACGGGGUACCACGGGCUAUCAUCUCUGACCAAGGAACUCAUUUCGUAAACAAAACUAUUGAAGCCUUGAUGCGGAAGUAUGGAGUCAACCACCGCCUAUCCACACCUUAUCACCCGCAAUCCAAUGGUCAGGCUGAGGUUUCUAAUAGAGAGAUAAAGGCUAUCCUAGAGAAGACAGUCAAUCCCACGAGGAAGGACUGGAGCCGUCGUCUGGAGGACGCACUCUGGGCAUACAGGACCGCUUUCAAAAUGUCUAUAGGAAUGUCCCCAUACCGGCUGGAGCUUGAGAAGCUCCGUCUGGAUGCCUACGACUCUGCUAUGUGGUACAAAGAAAAGACGAAGAUGUGGCAUGAUAAGAAUCUCCGCAGGAAGGAGCUCAAAGUAGGCCAAAAAGUGUUGCUAUUUCAGUCCAUGCUGAAAUUGAUGCCAGGGAAGCUCAGAUCAAUGUGGAUAGGUCCCUAUACCAUUGUCGCCGUCCGAGCGAAUGGUGCAAUCGAACUCUAG